CAGAAGAGCUUCAAAUCGAGUGACCGGAAGAUAUCUUCUAGAAUCAGAAGAGUGCAAAUCGAACGGGGCUCGGUACUUAGUACUUUGAUCGUUCCGGAUGUAUAGUAUCUCGCAUGACCCUUAGAUCCGGAAGUAAACAAAGUCAGUCAUGAUAAAAAGUCUCGUUAAAACAUGUACAUGUAAUUCAGUAUUGACUUGACAACGGGACCCAGUGCAAUUAGAUAGAUUGUUCAACAGACAACAUGUUUCAAGAUGCCGACUUCCAAGAGGCUUGUAACGAGCUCCAGAAUCCGAACAUUAAUGAAGCUGGUUAUGAGUUCUUCACUGAAUCAAUACAAGAUGGUUGUGAGGCGAAAAUUUAUCGACAAUACAACGAGACAUCAGGUCUCUACAAAUAUAAGGUUUAUGGAACCCUGACUGAAGUAUCUCCAGAAUUGUGUGCAGAAGUAUAUAUGGAUUUGGAGUAUAGACGUCAGUGGGAUACAUAUGUCUGUGAAUUAUUUGAAAAAGAAGAGGCUGACAAAAAGCUUAUCUAUUGGAAUGUUAAUUUCCCUUUCCCAAUGUCUAAUCGAGAUUAUAUAUAUCUACGUGAACUUCGGGAGAUGCAAACUGUCGAAGGAAAUAAAGUAUGGGCUGUUAUGGCUAAGAGUGUCCAGUGUGAUAGUGUUCCAGAGAAACGCGGUGUGAUACGGGUGGAUGAUUACCUUCAGAGCUGUGUACUUUCCACGGAUGGUCAAGGAGGAUCUAAAGCAUUUAUGAAGUAUUAUGACAAUCCCAAGGGUAUGAUUCCAACAUGGCUGAUCAACUGGGGAGCUAAGACUGGAGUUCCAGCUUUCCUGACAAUGAUGCAGACAGCAUGUAAAGGCUACUCUAAAUACCUAGAAAACAAAAGACAGCAAAUCAACCGUCAACAAGUGUCAUUGUGACGGUAAAUAAUAAUAAAAUGAAAAGUCAAACACAGAUCUGCUGUCUCCCAAGUACUUUUGCGGCUACAUCGUGGGAAUAUGAAUUAUAUUAGGUACAUCAUUAUAUGACGUCAUAGUUUCUGACGUGAUUAUAGUAGGGUACAUUAUUCAUAGUUAUUAUUUAUUUGUCCAGUUUAAAAAGGUUGAAUGAACUAUAUGACACGGUUUAAACAUGCCAUCCAUUACAAACAAGAUUUGAACAAUUACACUGCAAAGAUCUGUACAAAUCGGUCCAUCAGUGUUACGGACUAAAAUUAAAGCCGAUCAUUAUGAAAAGCCAAGUGGAAAAAAAGUCCCCAUUUAUGGAUAUCCAUAAUUCAUAUAUUGAUUUCCAUCAUUCAUUUACUGAUAUCAAUAAAUCGCCUAUUUUUGGAUAUCCAAAAAUGAUUUAUUAAUUUCCAAAAAUGAUUUAUGGAAUUUCAUCAAUCAGCUCUGGGUGUCAAAGGAAGACAACUCGUUCCAAUUCUCAUCAAAACUCCUAGGAAAUAAGCGACAAAAUUAUUAUGCUGCUUUUUCCAAUUGCUGGUAACAUGAAUUAAUUACAAUAAACGUCUAAUUAUUGGUCAUGAAA